AUGCAUGCAGGGGCAGCUGCAGGGCCGCCAAGGCUGGGCAACGCCGAAAGAGUGCGGCUGGUGGCUCAUUGCAACGACAAAGCGCCACUGGAGGAGAACAGGCAGCAGGUGCUGCUGGAGCUCACCGACACAUCUUCCACUGCCGAACGAUCCGGGCUGGACCUCGUGGCUGUCCUGGACGUCAGUGGAAGCAUGGGGGGCUGGAAGCUGGAGAAGCUGAAGACGGCCAUGAAGUUUGUCAUCAGCAAGCUCAGCCCCAUAGACCGCCUCUCCAUCGUCUCCUUCUCCACCGAGGCCAAGAGGCUGUUCCACCUGCGCUCCAUGACGGAGGCCACCAAGGCAGAGCUGACGGACAUGGUCGAAAAUCGUCUGAAUGCCAGCGGAUCCACCAACAUGGAGGCCGGCCUCGAGACCGGCCUCAAGGUGCUCGGCGGCCGCCAGCACAAAGGGGGCCGCCGCGUGGCCGCCAUCGUUCUCAUGUCCGAUGGCCAGCAGGGCCCUGGCGAUGCUACUGUUGUCCCAAUUGACGACGAUGUGGGGGCUGUCUACACGUUCGGUUUUGGUGCAGACCAGGACUCCAAGGUGCUGGAGGCGAUUGCGAGAAACAGCCAUGGAGGAACGUUCUAUGACGUCGGGGACGGGGAGAGCCUUGCCGUUCAUUUUUCGCAGAUCAUGGCCGGCCUCCUCAGCGUCGUGGUCCAGGACCUCCAGCUCACCGUGUGGGAAACCACAGGCCACUCCAGGAUAGACGACAACAGGGUGGACGCCGGGUGCUACCCCAAGGACACCGACAACCGUGCCCGCUCGGUCACAGUAACAUUCGGCUAUCUCUACAGCGGGGAAGUGCGCAAGGUUAUGGUUGACCUCCUUCUCCCUGCAGUCCAACGAGAGUACAGCGCGCCCGCCAUCAUCGCUCAAUGCUCCUACAGCCCGGACGCCAAGAAACUGGAGGUGAAGGCCGAGCUGGUCCGUCGCCGCCAUGCAAAGAUAUUGGAGGAGGCAAGUGGGAUGAACAAGGACCUGCACGGCGCUCGCCGCAAGUUGCUGGAGGCUCAGGUGGCACUGGACGCUGAGCCGUCGUCGCACCCUUUGUUCGCCUUCCUCAAGGUCGAGCUGGAGAAGCUCCUCACGCUGACAACGUGGAAGGAGCUCCUCGCCUGCCUGCUGGCGUCCGUGAGGUCGCACCUUACCCAGCGCUACGCGGGGAGGCACGACGUCAGCGUCCGAAUAUUCGCCACGGAGCGCAUGGACAGGUACAUGGAGCAGGCAAGCAAGUUUGAGGAGGACCCCGACAAGCCGCCGCCAUCGGUGGACGACGACGUCCAGGCGGAGGCAGAGAUGGUCAAGAGGACAUGGGUGCCGCAACGGCCCAGCAUGCCGUACCUGGCGGUCUCCGACGCGCACCUGGAGCGGCUGGAGUACGGCCAGGACGGCGCCAUAGACUACCUUCAGGCGUCCAUCACCGUUAUGGCCGUGAACAACAACUCCAAGACCGACGCCUCCUUCUCCAGCAUGGACCUCGUCCUGGGGUUCCACGGCGCCGACGUGGCGCUCCUGCGGGCGCAGCCGUUCGUGGUGCCGCGAGAGAGCUCGCUGCCGCUGCCGUACCGUGUCGUGUCGGCGGGGCGGGCGCUGGAUGCUGCCGGGAUGCAGGCAAUGGACGAGGCGCUCAAGGCCGGCGUGGUGCCGUUCGACCUGUUCGGCAAGGCGCGCACGCGGUGGAAGGUGGGAGUCUUUGCCAACCUCCGGUUUUGGAUGCGCAUCUCCUGCCGCCUCCGCUUCUUCUUCCCCGGUAACGGCACUGUCAUGCCAACCGAUCGGGACAAAUGCCGCUCAAGGUAG